AUGAAUCUCCGGCUUACGAUCGCCCUCGCGGCCAUCCACAGCGCCGCUGCCGCCGCCAAUUGCAACGUCGACACCUUCAGCUCUCUUCUCGAUGCUGCUGGGGCCUCGUCGACAGCAUCAGUGGUCUACGCGACACCCAUAGCUGAGGGUGGUGCGUCGUUUGAUCCCAGUCCGCCGUUUCAGAGCAAUGUCACAGAGCUUCCGGAGCUGUGCGCCGUCAAGAUCGAGGUGCAGUCCUCGGACAACUCAUCCUACCGCUUUGCCGUUUUCCUGCCGACGGAAUGGAAUCACCGUAUGAUGACAACUGGGAACGGUGGGUUUGGAGGAGGAAUCAACUAUAUUGACAUGGGACACCUGUCGCACUACGGCUUCGCAUCGGUCUCAACAGACACUGGCCAUCUGUCCAGCAGUCCGGACGGCAGCUGGGCUCUGAACGCGCCGGAGUCGAUCAUCGACUGGGGCUGGCGAGCGAUGCACGGGUCCGUGGCUCUGGGAAAAGCCAUCAUUGAACAGUACUACGACUCCCCGAUCCAGCGGUCAUACUACGCGGGCUGCUCGACUGGCGGACGUCAGGGCCUGAAGGAGAUGCAGAUCUCACCCGACUCCUUCGACGGCAUCCUCGCCGGCGCGCCCGCCUGGUGGACCACGCACCUCCAAAGCUGGACUACCUGGUACCCGCUCCAGAACUACCCUCCCGACUCACCAGGCUACAUCCCCGCCACUCUCUUCCCCUCCAUCUCUGCGACCAUCGACGCCCAAUGCGACCCCCAAGACGGUGUGCGCGACAACAUCACGCAAAACCCCUUCGCCUGCACCAUCGACUACACGGCCCUCAACCUCAGCGCCUCCCAAAUCAGCACGCUCCAAACCCUCUACGCCAACUGGACCUCCUCGCAUGACAACAGCAGAUUCCUCUUCCCUUCGCUCUCCCCCGGCACCCUCCCCCUGCUCGCCGAUCCCCAAUCGCCCAAUCCGCUCGGCUACACCUUCUACAGCUACUUCGUCAAGAACGACACGUCCUACAACUUCACCUCCUUCACGGAAGCGGACCUCGCGCAGGCGGACGCCACCAACCCCGGCGCCGCCAACGCCGACGACUUUGCCGCCAUCGAAGCCUUUCGCGAUCGUGGCGGGAAACUCAUCAUGUAUCACGGCUACAGCGACUUUGCGAUCCCCGUCGGGAGUAGUAUGUACUACUAUAAUCGGACGGUGCAGAGCUUGCGCCGCGAGGAACAGCAGCAGCAGCAGCAGCAGCAGCAACACUCGGAUUCGAAAGGAGGGAACAGGGAAGGGACAGACGGUACAGGUGUCGACGUCGACGACUUCUUCCGCCUCUUCCUCGUCCCCAACAUGGGCCACUGCAGCGGCAGCCAACCCGCGGGAAACGACGCGCCGUGGUAUUUCAGCGCGGCGAGCCAGAAUCCGGGGUUCGCGAGGAGUGGGAUCAAGGAUGGCGUGCCUGGCCAUGGAGGGGAUGCGAGGUAUGAUGCGAUUUUGGCGUUGUUGCGCUGGGUGGAGGAGGGCGAGGCGCCCGAGGAGCUGGUGGCGACCAAGUAUAGAGGGGAUAAUUCGACCGAGGUGCUGAGGACGGGAAAGAUUUGUAAGUGGCCUGGGCGGGCGGUGUGGGAUGGGAGGGGGGAUGUGAGGGGGGAGGGGAGUUGGGCGUGUGAAGGGGCUUGA